AUGCGUCCAAUACCUCCUUCUCAGAACAAGAACCCAACAGCACCAACAUCAUCGACAACUUCAACCUCCACGAACAAUACAAGCCAUACGAAUCAGAGACCACCUGUACCAGCGUUAGGAAAUCGGUUAAAGAACAAUAACACUGAGAGUGGUGUCGUUGGGGUCGGAUCAACAACAACAAAUGCUCCACAACAACAGCAAGGCGAUCACUUAACGGAUCAUGAAAAGGAAAUUUUGAAAAAAGCGUCAAAGGCAUGGUCGACCUAUCAAAGACCAACUUUUCAAGGCAUUGGAGAUGAAGGACGAUCCGAUAUACAGAAUACCAUCUCGGGAUUUAGAGCUUAUGAGUUUUUAUUAAGACAAGAAGAAGCCAAGAGAUGGAUUGAGGAUAUGCUCGACGAGCAAAUUUUCUUUGAGGAUUUAGACGAUGAGCAGGUCUCCGAAGAGUUGAAACAAGGCUACAAUUAUUCCAAAUCAUCAUCCAAUUUGGAGAAGGCAGAAGCUAGAAAUAUUGAUUUCUUUGAUCAAUUGCGAGAUGGUACAAUUUUGUGCCGAUUGGCCGAAGUGUUCAGCGACAAGGGAACUAUGAAAAAUUUCCACAAAAACGUCAAAAUGAAUAGCCCUUUAGCAUUCAUGAUGGCAACCGAUAACAUUAAUAAUUUCCAAGAUUGUUGUGACAAAAUUAACUUUCCAAGAUUUUACCAAUUUUCCAUUCCAGAUCUGUGGGAGAGAAAAAACAUUACCAAAGUUGUCCAUUGCAUUCAUGCACUGGCUCACUUUUUGUGGCGUUCAGGAAAGAUAGAUGCAUCGAAAAGAAUUCAAGAUCUAUCCAAGUCUGGAAUCCAAUUUUCUAGGGCCAGGCUCGACAAAGUUGAGCAAGAGUUCAAGAGAUUGGAACAAAAGAAUAUUGACAUCAAAUUGAAUUUCAAUUUCUCACAACCAGGAGAUGAAGAACAAAACCUUACUCAAAAGCAACAAAAGCCAGUUGUUGUGAACAACAAGGCAUCGAACCUUCUCGAUCGAUUCAACAAGUUAAAGGUGGGAGCCAAACUCGACAUUAAACCAGUGAAUCAAGAACUUGUAUCUAUUGAUGGUGGUAUUGAAAUGAUCGAUCCCGAACAAUGUGUUGUAAGAGGAAGAGGCUCGCAGACAGCAAUUGUUGCCAAGUUGAACACUUUUGAAAUUAUUGCACGUGAUCAACAUGGCAAUGAUUUGCAAAUUGGAGGAGAUCAUUUCACUGUUACAUUGAGACGAAUUAAAGAAAAGGAUGAUGAUCCAGAAGCAACUGUAGAAGGAAUAGUUACUGAUCUAGGAAAUGGCAUCUAUAAGGUUGAUUACGUACCUGAAAUUAUUGGCAAGUAUGACCUCGACAUCAGACUUGACGGAAAGGAACGAUUAACACACCCAACUAUUAGGCCAAUUCGUGUUGUUCCUGGAGAAGCAUAUGGCAAGAAUUGUGAAGUUGUAGACGAAUAUGAACAAAUGCAAGGACCUUUCGUAGAGGGUCAAAAGAUCAAGUUCAAGAUCUAUGCACGUGAUCAAUUCGGAAAUUACUGCAACAGAGGUGGAGAUAAAUUUUAUCCAGUGUUUUCCUUCACGUCAGAGGAUGGAGAGAAAAUUGCUAAUGUCAAGAAUAGAGUCACAAUUAACGAUUUGCAAAAUGGUGAAUAUGAAGUGGAAGUUUAUUUUCCACUACCUGGAACUUACAACUUGUCAAUGACAGUGAAUCAAACCUCCGACUUGAUUCCAUACCUUGAUCCAUUCGUUUUUGACGUUCAUAAGCGAAAUGAUCCUGGUCUAGCGAUCAAGUAUGAACAAUUUUAUCCCUACAGUAGUGUCAUUCAAUAUUCCUUGACUGCAUUCGAUCCUGCAUUUGCAAAUAAUGUUAAUUUGGACAAUCCUCCAAAGCUUGACACCAGAUGGGUAUCAGUGGUGAGCAAUUCUCCAGUUCCAGAAAUUACAGAUUUUACCGCAACCGAAAUGGAAAAUAAUAUUCGAUAUCAAUUUAAUGAAUGGAUGAAAAAAGCUAGACGAGUUAUUCUUGAUAAAUUGAAGAAUGAUGACUCAGAAAUUGAUGUUUCUGAAUUUGAGGAAGGAGCACCUAACAACUUUUACUGGAAUAUGGUGGAGAAGUACUUGAGUAAUGAAGAAAAAUGCAACAACUACAAGGACGUACUCAACAACCGAAUCAAAGGAAACAACAAUGUUGAAUUUGUAAAUUAUGUAACUAUAACAGAGGACCCGCAAGAUUGGACCCAAUACGAACUCUUUUUACAGCAACAACUCGAAGAAGAAGAACGAAAACGAAGAUUGUUACAGGAAGAGGAAGAGCGAAAAAGAAAGGAGCUGGAAAUGCUUGAGGAAGAGCGUAAAAAGAAUGUACCUCCCCCACUCAAUCCUAAUCAGUUCUCAGUUCGACCAAGACGAAUGGCUCUCAACUUCUGGGUAAUUAUAUCAAAGAUGUUAUACGACGCCACCCAAACGACGAAACCAUUCCAACUUGACAAGACUCAAAAGAUUUUAGGCUAUGAAACAAACGAGUUGAGUUUUACUCGAUAUAUUGCAGAGGAGGUUUACUUGACAACUCAAAGAUAUCAUGUUCAGACCUAUGGAGAUUUAUUAUUAUCGGUUGCGCAACGAUAUAUUCUUGAAUUGAUCCAAGAAGUCAAGAUUACCUUCCCUGACCUCAAAUAUCGUAUCAUUGAAACCGAAUGCAAUAAUAUUGGAAAGAAUGCAUUUUCACGCUUCGCUCAAUCACACAAGAUUUUCACAUAUUUCUGUAGCGAGCUUUCUCCAUCUCCUUUUGAUGAAAUAGAUUUGACCGAUUCGAAAAAACGAAUUGAUCAUUUGGUGCUCUCGUUCAAGAGACAAUUGCUCAAACUCAUUCUCGAGUCCAAUUUAGAAAUGGUCAAUCUUUUGAAGAAUAAGAUGAGAAUGUCUGACAAGGAUGUCAGCAACCUUCAAGCGAUGACGACAUUCUUCAAGAGUACUCUCAAUGAUGUAUUUGCUGCCUUCAGAACCAGCUUUGGAUACACGAUGAGUUCAAAGCCAAGAAAAAUCAUGGUUCAAGAAUUGUACUAUGUCAAGAACAGAGCUGUUGACAUUGCUUUCGACAAGAGUGAUCUUUCAGCCAAUAAGCAAGAGGUUUCUCUGUCCUAUUCUGUGCAAAUACCAAUUAACAAAUUGUUUGAUUCAUAUUCAUUUUCGAACGAAGGCUUAGCCACAUCCAGAGACAGACGAAGAGAUGGUCUCAUUAAUCCUUACAAGACAGUUUACCUCAAAGGAGGAAGAGUCAUCUUGGAAAUGAUGAGAUCAGGAUCGUUCCCAGCCUACAAACUCCAAGACAAAAAGCAACGACAAGCAAUUGCAGUGGAAAAUGCCAAAACAAUGCUCAAAGCUCUCGCUGUGAACCACGUUAAAAGAUUCACACGAGAAGAGUUAGAAUUACUCAAGAAGAGAGGAGAACCGUUGAAGGUUCCUUUCACAUCGGUCAGUCUUUUGACUCCAUCAUUUGUGCAAAACAGAGAGGAUCGUCAGGUCAUGGAACAUCAGGGAGCCAUUUAUUACGUUCUUCAAAAUAAUCUUGUUCCAUCUGUUCUUGUAGAUUUGUAUGACAGACUUCCUCCAAUUGACAUGCCUAUUGUUUUCCAUGAGCCAUGUCUUCUUAACUUUGGUGUGAAUGUGAUUAUCAAGACUUUCAAAUGUGGUGUUGGCAUUCAAAGAUCUGUGAAUUGUCGCCAAUUUGGAAUUCGACAAUUUGAGAAGAAAGUUCAGCGUUUCAUGAUUGCUCUUGGAGAAUACAAGAAUGCAAUCCGAGGCUCAAUCAUGGAGUACAUAACAGGAAUAUUCAACAACUCUAGAGAUGGAACCAUGUACGUUCAAGCUCUUGUGAACAAGCUCAUUCGAAUCAAUAAUGUCUACACUGUCAUGCGAGACAAACAUGCAGCUGCGAUCCGAGAGUUGACACCUCUUGAAUUUGACUUGCAAAAGAAACAAAAAGAACUUGAAAAGAGAAUUAACGAGAAAUGGUUGCCAAAGUUUGAUGACAUUACUUCUGUUGAGUUUACGUAUUUGAAAGACAUUAUGUUUUUAGUGAAUGACAUGGACUCGAUGAUUGACAAGAUUCAUGAUAUCGAUCAAAAAUGGGAACAAUGUUAUGAUGAGCUUAUUGAACUUGAGCAACAUUUCCUCAAGAGCUUGUUUUCAAGUGUUUCAAAUGUGAGAGCAACUCAACCACAAAUUCCACCCAUUCCUCACUGGCAAGAAUACUAUGAAUUCUGCAACUUGGAGCGAGACAUGUAUGAGCUCUUUGGCUCUCUUAAAAGUCUUUAUCAUGCCAAACAACACGAAAAGUUUAAUCAAGGUAUUAUGGAAUCGGAUGAAGUGAAAGUGGGAGAUCCAUAUGCCAUUCCAGUUCGUGUCAUCUUGCUAUCAUUCAUUAUUGGAGAACAAAUUCAUUACAAUUGUAAGAGCGGAAAAGAUCGAACUGGUGCUCUCAUGGAUGAAUGUGAAGAAUUUGCCGAGCUUCGAGAACAUUUGUCUUACUAUCCAAAACCUUUCACGAAAGAUGCCAAGCUAGGAGAAUACAGACAAAAGAUUAGAACCAAUAUCAGUAUGAACGGCGGAACAUUGGAGAUUUGCAAACACAACAUUGGUUUUAGAGCUGCCAAGCUUGAUAAAACUCUGGCAAGUAAAUUCUGGACAAAGAAGAUUCUCGAUGAGAAGGAACGUGUUGUUGGUGAAGUGCCAUACUUUAAAGCGUUCAAAGGACUUGGCUAUUUGGAUGAUGAAAAUUAUGCCAACAAGGAUGAAGACUGGUACAAGUAUGAAAAUGCAUAUUUGAAGACUUUGUAA